AUGAGGAGUCAGGGAUUGGUCGCGCACAAGACGUCUCGAGCAGGGGGAGCGGCGAAUCUCAAGGCUCCGUUAAAAGAGCUCUUCGUUUGCCGUUACGAGGACGUGUUCAAUGGACGUAGCCCGAUCAGCACGUGCAGGGAGAAAGGGUUCGAAGGACGGCAGGAGCUGCAACGAUUCUGGGACGAACUUCUUCUUUUAAAAGUGAACGACGCUUAUCUUGCACAGUGCAUCUCGUCCAUCCCCGAAGAUCGCAUUAUUGGCCCUCUCAAGCCCACCAUCAACGAGAUCUUCUCUGCCUGCCUCAGAUAUCUGAGCGACGUUAAUUUCAUUCGAGUGGCACAUGCGCUUGAAACCCUAGCCGUCUUUCUGAGGGAGAUUUUCAAGAAGAGGUUUGCGGAGCAGACGUUCACUAUAAUCACGCUUGUUGCAGGCAAUGCGGACAGUGGGGAUGCUUAUUUCAAGAAGCUUAUAUGCGAUGUCUCUGGCCUCCUCACAGGGGAGAACGUGCCAGUGCUCAUAAAGGCACUCGGGACCAGCCCCUCAAACCUUCUCCCGUGUUGCACCUACACUAUCUCUGGCCUCCUCUCUUUUGCUGCUUAUUCCCCUACUACCCCCCCCCUGCUCCCUUGUCUCCCCUCUCCCUGCUCCUCCUCCCGCCCUCUGCUUCUCCCCUCCCAGGCUCUUUUCGUGCUUCUCACAGCCUCAGACAAUGUCAACGCCAACCCCGAUGCUCCUCUUUCCCCCCCUGUUCCCUCUCCCUGCUCCCUCUGCCUCCUCCCUUGCCCUGCUCCCUCCCUCUGCUCCCUCCGCUGCAGACUCUUCCUCGUGCUGCUCACAGCCACAGAAAACGUCAACGCCAACCCAGUCGCUUCCUACCUCCUCCUCCACCCCAUCACGGACCCCCUCCUCUUUCUCCUCUCCCUCCUCUCCGUCCUCUCCUUCCUCUCCCUCCUCCCCUUCCUCUCCCUCCUCUCCCUCCUCUCCCUCCUCUCCCUCCUCUCCCUCCACUCCCUCUUCUCCCUCCUCUAA